UAAUUUCCAUCUAUUUUAAUCGAACUAUUUGUUUUGUCCAUUCAUUCACCAAUCAAUAUGACCAUACUAAGUCUUUGAACUCGCCGGCAAAGCUAAAGGAAAAGAGAAUUGAAGAAAUAAUCACGAAAAGAAACAUGUCCGAGGCCGUCAUCUUAGGGGUGAUAAGGGAAGUAGAGAGUGAUUCAGAAGAGAAUCAAAGUAUCGAUAGUGAUUACAAAAUGAUUCUACUUAAUGAGCUGAGAAUGAUGUUGUGUUUGUUGAGGGACAAGGAAUCGGGAGUACUGAGGUGCAGGCUAGAUCAUUUGGUAGCUGACUUUACCGAGAUGACUCAACUUUCAACCAACCCCACAACACAAAGAGUAAUAGCCUAUGCCCGAGAUUGGCUGAGUAAGAUAGAAAAUUCGAUGAUGGAGUUUGGGAUCGAUAGGGAGCAUCACUUGGAGGAAGGCCGUACUGAGUUUGUUGGCUUAGAGAUUAUCGGGAAGGAGCAGAAUCGACUCGACUGUGUGGCAAUGUGGGCAUGUCUAGACCUUUCUACUGGAAAAUGUAUGACGGACGUGGUCGUGGAAAUGAUAGCGAAGUUUGUGAGACAGGGAGCGGAAACGAAAGGAUAUUACAGAAACAUGUCGGAGGCCAUCAUAGCAUGGGCGGGCGAGCAACUGUGUAGUUUUUGGGAUAGCAAAAGUGAGGGCGAUCACAAGUCGAUCACGGAUGAGAUAAUAAAUGAGCUUGAGCAAGUUGUGAAUUUUUUCAACAAGUCGGAACCAGGAGAGUUGGACAUGCUGAAUCAUUUGCUAGCUGACUUUGCUGAGAUGGCUCAACUUUCAGUGAACUACACAAUAAACAGUGAAGAGAUCUUCAUGAAAAUUGAAUUGGAAAUGGCACGGGAUUGGCUGAGGAAGCUAAGAAAGCGAAUAAUGGAGUUUGGAGGUGGCGAGGAGGCAAACGUCCCCCAAAGUGUUGGAGAAGAAGGUGUCGUAGUGGGCUUAGAGAAAGAAGUGCAGCUUAUUAGUAGAGCGAUCCUGGAUGAGUCGACACGUUGUAAAUUGAUCCGUAUCAAAGGCAUGCUUGGUUCGGGAAAGACAACUCUAGCCAGACAAGUAUACAACCACCCGGACAUCAUUCAGAAAUUCAAACACCGUGCAUGGAUAAGCCUUUCUAGUGACACAAGUGUGAAUGAGGUGCUUGUGGAACUCCUACACAAGUUUGGAGGUCCAUUAUAUGUGGAGGAAAUGGACAACAAAAGUCUCCAACGAUGGCUGCACUGGCACAUGCAAGGAAUGUCACAUUUCAUAGUUCUAGACAACGUGCCAAAAAAUAUGCGCUUGGAAUCCAUCUUGAGUGGUCUUCCGGAGGAAGGCAAUGGAAGUACGUUGAUGUUUACCAGCCGCUAUGUCAUUGAAAACGCAUGCAUCCAUUAUGCUCAUGAAAUGAAAGCUUUAGAAUCUGAUAAGAGCUGGCAAUUGUUUUUUAGAACAAUUAAUAAAAUUAUUAAUGAUGAGAAGAACAAAUUCUCAAAGGAGUUGGAGAGGAAGGGCAAAGAGAUGCUGAAACAAUGUGGGGGUUUGCCGAUAGCUAUAAUAGAUGUUGCAAGGCAGAAAGCAAACCAAAGACUUUUAGGGAUGGAAUGGGAAGAAAUUUUUGAGUCAAUUGAUUUGGGUAGAUUAUUGAAAUUAGUGGAACCAAUGUAUCACAAAUUGGAUACUGAAGUCAAGCCAUAUUUCUUGCAUUUGUCCCUUUUUAAGGAAAAUGCAAUAAUGAGAGAAGAAAAGUUGAAACAGAUUUGGAUUGCAAGUGGAGCAUCGUCCAACAUGAAAACACAGAUGAUUGAAAACCCAUGUGAUAGUUUAGCUAAAGAUUCGAUUAUUAAUGUCGUGAAACGUGGCUCACUUUACUGUGAAACGAGAAAGUAUCGCCUCAAUCCGUUAUUGCACAUGCUAUCCAUUGAAAUAGCAGAGAAGGAGAUAGGCCUUGAGGUCAUUAGGAGCAAUGGAAAUAGUAGACUCUCUCAAAAUCCCCGUCAUCGUGUUAUCCAUUGUGGAAGAGAGAAGUUUAGUCAUUCCACAAAUCAAAACGGAAAACACCUUAUUUCUCUCAUCUUCCAUGGAGGUGGUGGCUACUUGGACAAUGUUUGCUCGUCUUAUUGGGAGAGUUUUGAACUACUUAAGGUACUCGAUAUGGAAGAUUUUGGGGUGAAGACUUUAUCAAAAACUACUGGCACAAUGACGAAUUUAAGAUACUUGGGAUUGAGAAACAAUUACCUAACCAACAUACCACACUCAUUGGGGGGCUUGGAACAGCUUGAGGUUCUUGAUAUAGCUCAGAACUUUAUGGUUGAGGUGCCAGAUAUUAUAUGGAGAAUAGCUACCCUUCGCUAUCUCUACAUGUCUGAUGUGGUUUGCUCGGAGCCUUUGAAAAUAGACUUAUGGAAGCUAACCACUGUAACCUACAUCUCGAUUUAUGAUUUGGUGUUUGAGGUCUUGAGCGUCUUUACGCCAAGUAGGCUUCGUUUCUUGGGCAUUGAAGACAUUGAUGAAAACUCGAAUGUAAGCAAGUUGUUUGCAUCACUGACUAAUAUGAUCAUGAUCAGCUUAUGCCUUACCUUGAGAGGGUUUCGUUUCAGAAGCAUGCCAUGUUUGGACCAGAUUGGUAUACUGAUAUAUAAACUCCAAAAACUCAAACUGGAUGGAUGUCUGGCUAGGCUCCCUAAAACACUAUGUGAACUGCGUGAUGCUAAAGAGUUGGUUUUGGUAAAUACUCGUCUUGGUGAAGACCCCAUGCCAGCAAUAGAGAAGAUGCCCUUUCUACAGCGCCUCAAACUGAGGAAUGCAUACACUGGUCGAGAAAUGGUGAUCAAGGACAACGGGUUUCCUCAUCUCUCCGUCCUUAACAUCAAUGAGUUGUGGAAUCUGAGAAAUAUACAAGUUGGAGAAGGUGCAAUGCCAUUUCUCGAGAAACUAGAACUCAAGAACUGUCCACACCUGAAGAAACUCCCACAGGAAAUAGGGUCGAUGGAGUAUCUGAGGAAGUUUGAAAUGCUUACAACCAGACACAUUGCAACGAAGAUAAAAAAUUCGGGGUUAAUCUCCAAAAUAUUGGAUGUGGAUAUUGGUCCAUUGUCAAGCAUGGCUUGAGAGAUUGAAAAUAAAAGGCAUUGUAGACUGGAAUAAAUUUGAGAAAAGUGUUGUUGAUUGUAUUCUGUUGUGUGUGUAUUUCAAAUUGUUUUAAGGGAACACAUAUUGUAUUUUUCCUUUUCUAAGAAAACAUCUUGCAUUGAUUGAUUAUAUAUAAACUCUAGCAUCCAUCAAGAGAAAGUUGGCCUGCUACUUCUCUUGUUUAGUA